UCUCGGAAGAACCGGUGCGCGCUCUCGGUCCGCCCACCGAAAAUCGCCGCUGAGCUCAUCGCGCGCCAGGCCGGCACCGUUACGGCAGCGACAACUAUCACUGCUGGUGGCGGCGCGGGCGACUGAGUAAGGAGCGAAAAUGAAAACGUGGAUGCUUCUCAGCGCCUGCCUUCUGCUGACGGGUAUAAGCUCAGCAGAGGGCGCCCCGCAGCAAAAUGGAACCCCCACCGCUGCGGCCAAUUCGGGGGCCGCCGAGGAGGUCUAUGGCUGUAUGUGCGUGCCCAAGGACGAAUGCAAGGAUGACACUGUCGAUGCCAAGGAGAGGCCGCCUGAGGUGGGUGCGAAGAACGAGUGUGGCCCGGAGCAAGUUUGCUGCUUCCACUUGAUCGUGCGCACAGAGAAGACGGUGGAGACCCACUCGUACCUGUUCCCGCUGCCGGAAGUCCAGAACGCCCUCGCCCAAAAAGGGGAAUUCCCGUGGCAGCGCUACACUCCAUGCCACUGCAAGAUGAUCAACCAACAAGCACGCAUCACGAACCGACCGCUGGCAGCGUGCCAGCAGUAUUGCAGGCGUCGCAGCUCGAUGGUGUACGAGUUGACGGAAGGCUUUGAAUCUAGCACAGAAGGCCCGUUCAUAAUAGGCCCCAAGAACAUCCUAAGCACCGCGGACUGCGUACACAAGUUUCAAGGUGAAAAGGCUUCAAAACUCUUUGUUCGUCUUGGGGUCCUGGACCGGAGCAUCUUAGAAAACUCUCCUGUUCAUCAGAACUACACUGUAGACAAGGUGAUUGUGCACCCCAAGUUCAGGUCAGCGCAGAUACGCAACGUUGCCGUCCUUCAGCUGCGGGAAGAGGUUGCCACCACACCGACCAUCGGACGCGUGGUGCUGGCCAAGCCCGAGGACGGCUCUUUCGCUGCCAAGCAUUGCGUCAUCAGUGGCUGGGGCAAGAACCUCAAGCGCGGCUCCUUGUCUUCGGUACUUACCAAGGCCAACGUUAGCAUCGUGGAGAGAACGCCCUGCCAAGCGGCCCUCAGGAAGACCAGGCUGGGUCCAUCGUUCAAGCUCGACGAAGGCUCUAUGUGCGUCGCCGGAGAGGGUGGAGCGGCUGCCUGCCAGGGAGACGACGGUGGACCACUGGUGUGCAAGCGAAGCAGCGAGGAUCGGCCCGUGCUCGUGGGUCUGGUCUCGUACGGUGACCUGCCCUGCGGCCAACUGGGAGUGCCGGCCGUCUACGCGGAUGUGGCCAAAAACAUGGCCUUUAUCACUGAGGCCACGGGUCUGCCCCGUGAGCGCUUCACGAAAGCAUAGAGGGCAUAGCGAAAGGAUUGGGGUUGAUCUGCUGAUGACAACAAUGUGUCUGGUGCCAAACGUCAAGGCCCAGGGAUGGAUGGCAUCGGGACUGGUUCUUGGGUUACCUAGGACUUGCUACACCACAUACUGUACAAAGGUUACACACACAUACCUCUAGCGCCAAUGUACGCUCGACAUUGAGACAUGAAUGCAUGGAAUUUGUGCGCAAUACAAGGGGCGAUACCAUUGUCAAACACAUUUCAUUUAUCUUGGACAAGCGCAUGAUAGUGUACCUCCAAUUUCCCUAGUUAGCAGGUGCGUGUUGAGUUACCCCAACUUCAUAUGCGUAGCACGUUUGUCCACAUAAUGUAAAAAAAUAUGAUACUCCUUUUAACGAGACGGUUACCAUUAUAUAUUGAUUUUGUUGCUCUCAUCACCCAUCUGUGUUUUUGUUCAGUAACCAAUAGAAAAAGUAUGAGGCCGGCCUAAUACAAGAUCAUGCCAGUACGCAUGCUAUGACUUACGGUCGUACUGUGAAAAGUUCAAGUGAAAUCUUUAGUUCAUGUGCGCUAGCCCCCGAGCACCAAAGAGUUGAUUGCACACGUACUCGUCCAAUGAGCGCAAUCUAGCAUUCUGCUACUGAGAUGAAGCCAAUUAAAUGUCGCAUAAUUGUUUUUAUAUGAACGUUUCUAAUAUGCCACAACAUAUUACCAUAACACUUUUGGACUGCGUCAUUUACUGAACUCUCCUUCAGGAUGCCAGCGCUUCGAAUAAAUAAUGGUUAACUACGGAAGAAAAUGCAGUACCUUUAUGACAUUAGAAUCAAGUGCCUGAUAAUCAGAACCAAGGCCUUCCUUCUGAAGACAACACCAUCAUAACUAUCAAUUGGAUACCGGGUCACGCUGCCAUCACGGGUAACUUGUAUGCCGACAGAGCAGCUCGAGAAUUUGCACAUAACCGAGCACUCAUUACGCCGACUGCAGAUGACCCUGACCAAGUUGACCCCGAGUAUUCAGCAAUCCUGAACUACCACAGAGGGAGUCGCUUGCGAUAUCCCCCACCCCAUCGAAUACUAAAGACGGAGGAUGCCGCUGCCUGGCGUAGGCUCCAGACAGGCACUUACACGAACCUACACAUAUUACAUUGCAUGCACCCCACAGCCUACAGGGACGAAUGACCGUGGUGUGGGGCCACACCAACCCUACACCACAUUACGUGGGAGUGCACGCUACACAACAUAGGAACACCAUGACACGAACACCACGAGGGAGCAAUGGGAGGCACUGCUGUCCAGCUCGGCCCUCGACGACCAGCUCAAGCUGAUCCAGAGAGCAGACAAGAUGGCAAGAGCCAGCGGAGCCCUGGACUAGGGGCCCCGGCCAUUAGCGAUGCCCCAUUGGGGCAAGACAAAACCAUCUUCGGAUUAAAGUUUUUUUUUUCCUUCUGAUUGAAGAAAUACAAACAAAAAAGUUCCCUUUUGAAGCAAUACCUAUCCUUUUGGCAUGACGCUCACAAUAAAAUGAAAUGCAUAUAUACAUCUUAGCGACAAGUUCCGCGUAAUUGUUCGCAGAUAUUUAUAACAAUGGCUAGUAAUUAUGCUUUAAAUAAAUGCAACUUCUACCAUAGCACGUUUGUACCAUAGUUGUGUGUGAGCCGUGAGACAAGAUAUACAUUUUUAUUUAAUUUUUCUGUUAUACUACAUUUACUUCCUGCAACCUCACAGUAAAUCGCAUUGAUGUGUAGAGUUACGUUCUCUCUUUUUGAAGAGAUGGAAAUGCAUUUUGACGAUGAUUAUUAUCUUUCACACUAGUUGCUACUUCAUGAGUAGUAGGUAUUCCUUCGACGACCAAACAUUACGCUCAGUUUCUGUAUUACUAAUAGUGACGUGGAGUUCUGUCGUAAUCUAAGUUCUCGAGUGGAAAUAUCCGGGCAAUACAUUUCUGCGCAUAUGGUAUACAUGUUCAAAGCAAAAUAGGGAGUAAAUUGUCAGUACUUUUGUUGUUGUUUGUGUUGCAAUGGCCAUGAAUUGAUGAUAAGGGAUUGUUCUUUAAUCGUUAUACGUACAGAGACAUCAUUGAUCUUUUUUGUAUCCCGUUUUCUACUCAGAAAAAAUAAAAGAGUAA